AUGGCGCCCGGGCUGGGGCCGUGGCUGCUGGCCUUGUCCUUGGCCGCGGGGCCGGCAGGGGUGUGGGCGCAGCUGAGGCUGGUGGAGGCCGGCGGAGGGCUGCGAGCGCCCGGGGACUCCGUGCUCCUCUCCUGCCGCGGAUCCGGCUUCACCUUCGGGAGUUAUGCCAUUCUGUGGUACCGUCAGGCACCCGGUGGCAGUCUGGAGUGGGUGUCCGUUAUCAGCUAUGAUUCGUCAGUCAUUCGGUUCGGGCAGUCAGUGGAAGGUCGAGCCACAGCCUCCCGGGACAAUUCCCGGUCUGAGGCAUCUCUGUCCCUGCGUGCCCUGCACCCCCGGGACUCUGCCCGCUACUUCUGUGCUCUGAGAUAUUGGUCCGUCAGUGUGAGGACAGAUAAGCUUGUAUUUGGAAGUGGGACCACUCUCACAGUUGAACCAAAGAGUCAAAACAAUUCUGUCCCACAAGUCAUUGUGAUGAAAUCAAAGAAACUGGAAGAAGAUGGCAGCAUUGGGAAAGCAGCUUGUUUGGCAAGAAAUGUCUAUACAAAGAACAUCAGGUUGGAGAUGUCCUCUAAUGAGGUCGUAUAUGAACAGAAUACAUCCAUUCUGACAUCAGAGGGGUUGUAUGAUACUAUUAAGGUGGUCAAUGUGACAAAAGACACAGAGGUGACCUGCGUGGCCAAAUUCAAUGGCAGAACUAUUACCGCCAACACAACAUUGCCAGAAAAGGAGGCUGAAGAACCAGUAACAGGGAAGGUUUGCAACACCACAGACACCUCUGCACAAGAUAUCAAAGUGGAGAAAGCGAACAUGCUGUCUAUGGCUGUGUUGGGUUUGAGAGUCCUGCUGGCAAAAAGUAUCGCCUUCAAUACACUCAUGAGUAUCAAGUUGUUUCUUUUCUGAGAUGGUGGGGAAGCAAGGCAACAGCAAUCUGAACAACAGCAGGAGAGAGUGUGUGCCAGCAGCACAACGGGUUGAACAGCCAAUGUCAAAUCUUCUGACAAUAACCAUCCAGAACACAACACAGCACCUUCCCCUUAAGACAUUUUAUACUGUUGAAUCCUGCCUAGCUAGUUUAUUUAGUUUUAAGAGUUGUAACUGCUUUUGCUAUUUCUUUUUCUCUGUGAACUGAGGAGAGUGCAUUUUUCCUCAUCCCCCUGCUAAGUAGAAAUUGAUCUCCCCACUCUCUAGCCUUUGCAUAGAAGCAUCCAACCUGCUUCAAUAGUUUUGAAAGAUCCAGUCCUCACUAUAGAUAUAUGACCCUUCAAAAACACCUUUUACAGUCAUGCUGCAUUGCUGUCUGUAGAACGGAUGUAAUACUGCUGAGAGAAUUCAGGCACAGUGGAUGCUAUUUAUAGCUUUAAUGUUUUUUAGAUAGCUUUAAUAACAAUAAUUUUCUGGUGUAGAUGAGAAGACCUGUGUUGGAUCUGAAGUGAUUCAAUUCAACCAGAUAAUGUUCAACCAUAGAACCAUUUCUUUAUUAAACCUGUAUUUCUUCUGCAAAGUACAUGGCACAUGCAUUUUAGGUUACUGUAGUAGUGACCAAAAUAAAGUUUUAC